UUGUACUGACCCUUUCCUUCUGAAAUCAACAUAAAUGCUAUACUGUAUCAUAAUUUUAAGAAAAUUGUUUUUUGAUUUAAAAUUUUUUUUUAAUCUAUCAUGAACUGUUUCUUGGUACCCACACAAGUAUAAUUAAACAUAAUUAAAACACUAAUAUUCAAGUAUUCUGCAACUAUUCAAGAUGGACUUUAUAGGCCUUUUACCUCCUGAAAUUUCUGAAAAAGUUUUGGCCCAUCUUGACAUGUAUGACAUCAUGAAUUGUUCAUUAGUGAGCAAAGCUUGGUAUAAUGCCACCAACAGCAAUACUAUUUGGAAACCCUUUUGGAAUCCUAAUAAUCCUCCAAAAGAAAGUGAAGGCUGUGCAGAUUUUGAUUGGACUUUUGGCUCUCCUUGUACAUGGAAGUUAUUCCGAAUGAACCAUUACAGAAUAAUAAAUAAUUGGAAAGAAGACCGUUACAAGCGUUAUGAAAUUGAUGGAAGGUGGUUAGAUACGACUGCUUAUGAUGGAAAAACUUUGGUUGUAAAUAAUGGUCCUCUCGACAUCUAUAGAAUUGAAAAUGGAAAUCUAGUACACAUUCAAACAUUGAGGAACAGAAAUUAUGAUGCAUAUAUGUGUUCAACUAACAGCACAUUUAUAGCUGUUAAGUAUAAACCUUUUGUUGUUGUUUAUCAUAAUGAAAAUGAUAAAUAUAAAACUUCUUAUUAUCUCUAUAAUAAAGGACAAAACACAAAGCUGUAUUGUACUAAGGAUCCUAGAGAAAUAGAUACUUCAUCUGAUGAUAACUUUACCUAUCCUUAUUGGUCUAAUUUAAUGUGUAUACUAGGUGACACACUUUAUGUCUAUUUAUCUCAUUUAAAAGUUCUUUAUGCUUGGGAAAUGAAAGAAAUGAAAUGUCUUCUUGAAAAGAAAGCAGAUAUAAAUGAUGUUUCAUAUGACAAAAACUGUGUAUAUCUGUGUAUUCGUAAUUCUAUCUUUGUUUUUGAUAAAAAUGGUAGCAUUGUAAUGAGAUUAGAAGCUAGGUGGAAUAUCGGUAAAAUGCAUUGUAAUCACAAUAUGAUUCUUGCCCAGCGUGGAUUAAAUGAGGAAGUUGAGUUUUGUGCUUGGGAUAAAACAACAGGUAAUGUGGUUUUUAAUAAAAAAAUGAAUGUAAGUGAAGAUUUAAUUCUUCAUCCAAAAAAAAAUGUUAUUCUUGACCUAGUUGACACAUGGCAAGUGGAAAAAAAAGAGAUAACAGCAUAUAAUCUAUUAGAUGGUUCACUUUUAUGGAAAUCUCGAAUAAGUGAAUACAGCUUGUUGGGAGAUCUUCACAGUAUUGUUGCUGAAAGAUUUCUUCUAUUCUGUACAUAUACACGUCAUAUUUUUGAUGUUUAUGACACUGACUCAGGAAGCUAUCUUUAUUCGUUAAAUCACAUCGAUGAUGAUGAUUUGUAUGCUUCCUAUGAUUUACUGAUUUAUUGUUGCAAUAAAAAUGCCAAGUUAAUUUUGCACAUUUACUCUUAAAAGGUAAUUUCAUUUUUGAAUUUUAAAGAAUGUUAAUGUUAUUCUA